CACAUCGUCUCUCUCCCGCGUUCCCGGAUGAAAGUUUACGUAUAGGUGGGUCAGGCUAGGUUAGGUUAGGCACACCGCGGCGUGAUUGACGCGACGAUACGGCAGCGAGACGACGCGUGACGUUUGACAGGUUUGAACGGAGUUGAAGUGCGCGGGCGGUACCAACCUCGGGCCGCGGGCGAGGUUAUGUUCGCGCCAGCGGCCCGUCACCCACGGCGCGCGCACGCCCGACGCGAGUGCGGCCGAGGUCCGCGCGUUCCUGGUCUCGGCGAGCACGGGCCGAGUCGUGAGCGUCGCGAGUCUGCUCUGGCGACUCCGCCGACGGCGACGUGGUUGGCAGCAGUGCCGAUAUCACGGCGAGCGAGAGAGCAAGUGAAGUGCCAUGACGGACUCAAGAUAGUCCUUCCGCCUGGUAACAUGUCAGAUGGGGUUGACGGUGGUGGUGGGGAAAACGAGGUAGACUCCCAUUCCUCUUCGCAAGCGGAGGCUGGAGACUCUUCUAAUCAUCGGGAGGAAGAGGCGUUAGAUCCCGACAACGAGGCGGCUCUCAAUACAAAUUAUGACAGUAGCGACGGAGCUGUCCCUGCGUUCAGGUGUGAUAGGUGCGACAAUUAUGAAACUAUAAACAAGGCAGCUUUCUCCGCUCAUCAAGAUCAAUGUCUGGCGAGCGGCGAAGCCGGGGAGAGCGCUGAGGGCAUAGAAGGGACGGAAAAUGACGGAGACGGCGAGGAGGGCCAUUCGGGAAUCAGGUCUCACAGAAAGAUGUUUGAAUGCGACGUCUGUAACAUGAAAUUUUCAAAUGGAGCUAACAUGAGACGACACAAAAUGAGGCAUACGGGCGUGAAACCGUACGAAUGUCGGGUAUGCCAGAAGAGAUUCUUUCGGAAGGACCAUCUUGCGGAACACUUUACGACGCAUUCGAAAACUUUGCCAUACCAUUGUCCGAUAUGUAACCGAGGUUUCCAAAGACAGAUCGCGAUGCGCGCUCACUUUCAAAACGAGCACGUCGGCCAGCAUGACAUGGUUAAAUCGUGCCCUCUCUGUAAUUAUCGUGCGGCAACAAUGAAAUGCCUUAGGUUGCACUUCUUUAAUAGACAUGGAAUAGAUUUAGAUAAUCCAGGACCAAAUAGCUCUACAUCCAUAAUGAAUAGUUGCACGUCCGGGGAGGCGAUGCCUUCGGCACCUCUGUCCGACAGCGGGGACAGCACUGGUAACCGUUCGACCGACAACGCCACGCCCCCCAUGCAUUUCCUCACGCCCCACGUGGAGAUAUCCAUUCCUUACCCCGAACAAGCUGCCAACCAACGAAAUCCGAGUCCUGCCCCGUUAAACGGAGACAGUCCCAAUAGUCCGCAGAGCGCCGACAGCAAUAGCAACGCGCCGAGCAGUAGUCAUCAUCAAUUAUCUAUCAAUAGCAGUACCAUUCAUAGGAACGUAGGUGGAGGUGACGAAGCCAUUACACCUUCCAUCUCCCUGAUACCCAUCAAGCAGGAGCCAAACAGCAACGGUAUGGAUGACAGUGGAGCGACGUCGAGCAAUCUACCGUUACCGUCGCUGAUCAAGGUGUCACCAUUGAAGUCGUUACUGCGCGAUGAUCUACGCCGUAAGCUGUCCACCAGCUCUACCAAUAACAAUAAUAAUAGUAACAACAGCGGCUGCGGCAGCGCUAAUUCCAAUCCACACUCAAGGGGCGAACCACCCACCUCGACCAGGCCAGAUCCUCGCACGAGUGGCCUCCAGUGCACCCACUGUCGCAUCACGUUUCCAGAUCAGACGUUGUACUUCCUCCACAAAGGUUGUCACAGCGAAAGUAACCCGUGGAAGUGCAAUAUUUGCGGGGAGCAGUGCUGCAAUCUGUAUCAGUUCAACUCUCAUUUACUGAGCAAAAGUCAUCAGUAGCUGGGAGUAAAAGGCAGAGAGAUACCCGCGGUUAAAAUUUGUCUUUCCUCUUUCCGUUUCUUCUUUGUUUUUUUUUCUUCUUUUUUUCUUUUCCAUCUUCGUUGAACGAAACAAAACGGCAGGAGAUUCGGUACGUAAUACGUACGUUCAGUGUUCAUUAGCAUCAAGGUAUAAGUAUUUUCUGCGACGUGUCCAGACAUACUUCUCGCCAAAAAUACUUUCGAAUGCCGCAAGAACAUGCUCGCUGGAGCAUAACGGCGAGUCAACUGUAAAUUGAAUUGUAAAUUAUUCUUAAAAAUUCGAGAGAGGGUAUGUCUGCUCUCUCAGAAAAUAAUGUACAAAACGCGACAAAUUGUGCCUUUCUUUUAAAAGAGAGAAAAUUGCGAGAGAGAAAAAGAAAUUGCCAACAUACACUCGUCCAUCAUGCUGUUAUAUUGUACGAACUAUCCGUCCAUAGGGCUUUAUCGAGAUAUUCCGAGCUCUAUCAUUAGUCUUAAAUUAGUAAAAUAAAUAUGCAAGUGCGAUGGGGUGCGUCGCGAAUCGCCCCGUCGAUAAUCGCGAAAAGUAUAUAUAUAUAUAUAUAUAUAUAUAUAUAUAUGGUAUAUAGCUGUGUACUUUUAUCGCGAAAAAGUACAUUAAAAUUUCAAGUAAAUAGAGAUUUUCGUUGGCGCUGUGCGGUUCGGAUGCUUGAGACAAACGCGACGACAUGGAUAUGGUUCGUCGAAAAUCUAUCAAUGCAGAGAGACAAGAAAACGCAUUUAUUAUUGUUCUAAGGCCAAGCCACCUAAAGACAAAAAGAAAUUAUGCAUGUAAGGUUUAAGACCUAUGUGGUUAAAAUUUAUACAAUAGAAACAAGGCAAUAUGCCGCGAAUCAGGUCAAAGAGUUUAGUCUUGAAUGAUUUGGAUUUUGACACCGAAUCGUGAAGAACUCGUACUGCUUUACCAAUUCAGAAGAGAAUUGGAGAGGACUGAAGCGUCGUGUUCGUCAAAAGCACAUCGGCGCGGCGUAUAUACCGUACUACCGAUACACGUGACUACCGUUGGAUCGACGAUUUAUUGGCUGCAACGUGGUCAAUACCGGGAAGUAUCGUCGUCGGUUCCAUCUAUUCUUCUUUCUCCUUUAGAUAGGAACGUUGUGUCGCAUCAGUGAAAAACCGGUGCAAAACCGUGGAGCGGGGAUGUACAGGAAAACAAAAGCUAGCCGGGCGUGCGUUAUUAAUUAUUAACACGAAAGGGGGUAAGUUCGAGAGGUGUGACUUUUAGCCGAAGACUUGUACGUAUCGGGCAGGUAUCUCGAUGUCCGUUCGCAUCGGCCGAGGUCACCUCUUUCCGCCUUUCUCGCCUUUAAUCCGAUAAAUAUUUUAUAUAUAAAUAUUUGUACAGAAAAAGUAUUAGACGGGAGAGAAAGCACGAAGGGAAGAGAAAUGAGAAAGCAUAUAUCUAUAUACAUAUAUGUGUGUGUGUGUUUGCGCGUGUGUAUAUAUGCAUGUAUGUACACACGU